AUGGUGUCUACGCGCUCACAUCCCCAAGGCGACUUCCCCGCCACCGAACCUUCGCCCGUUAAGAAGGCGCCACGGUCGCGGACUUCGACUGCGUCCCCGGCACCCAUAUCUUCCCCGGACCUUGACUCCCCACCAUCGGCAAAGUCGCUUGCCAGACGCGCAGUUUCCAAUGCCAAAGCAGAGAUCAGCCCUCCCUCUCCAUCCGAGAUCAACGAGCCGGCCUGGUGCCACACAGCGUCAAAUCUCACUAUAGUGUGGCUCGCCAUAUCCAUGCCUCUCGUGCUAUGGGACUCCCUGUACAUCCUUUUGCGCCCGCACACUAUGGCUGGCGGCGCACUUCAGUGGCCAAUCUGGAAACCCUAUGAAAUCUAUGCCUCAAUUGAUCACGUAUACGGAUGGCCCGGGUGGGAAAACAACGAUGGAUUUGGUGGCGCGCAAGGCUUUCUGAACGCUAUCGAGCUCGUGCUGUAUGGACUCUAUGCCAUGAUCAUCUAUAACCAUGGUGUACCUACGGCCGGAGGCACUGGGCUGCAACUCAGUGAGGGCGUGAGCAAGUUCCUUGCCGGAGGCCGGAAGGUACGCGGGCAGAAUGGGAACCGCGCGCUGAUUAUCGGCUUCGCUGCUGCGGUUAUGACUCUCAGCAAGACAGUACUAUAUUACUUCAACGAGUAUUUCUCUGGCUUCGCAAAUGUCGGCCAUAACGACUGGGCUACGCUGCUGUUCUUCUACGGUAUCAUGAAUGGUCUUUGGGUAAUUUUCCCAGCAUAUAUGACUGUCGUCUUCGGUACCGAUAUCCUCCAGGCGCUCGAUAUUGCAACUGAGUCUUCGUCUAAGAAGCGUUAUUAG